AUGCAUGCCCCUUCGGUUCCCUUAUCUCUUCGCCGUUUCCUCCAUGAUGAGAGAAACACGUUUGUGGGAGUUUGGAACUACAACGACGAGUAUCUGCUCCGGGAAUCGGAGCAUGAACUUUCUGUUUCGAGGCUUAUUGAGCUUCGGGAUGUUGCUGCAGAGAGGAGGGGGCUGAGCAGUAACUUGUCCAUGGAGAGGUUGGCACAUAUAAUAUUGGGCGCCGAGGGUGUGGAAAAACCGGUUUGUAUUGGGAUGAGUAAUUGGGAGGCUUACUGGCUUAGUGACGAGCAGGUUCAGUAUGCUUGUGUAGAUGCUUUUAUUAGUUUCUCACUGGAGAAGGAACUACAGGCUUGGGAUUGA